UUUUGUUGAUUCUUCACAUGGGAACGUUGAUUCAAGAAACAUAGAAUAUGCAUUUGAUGCUCAGGGAUUAGUCGGCGAUAAAAGUAGUGGUGCCAUUGAAAAUAAUCCGCCAUGGAGAGAAGAAGUAUUGAAGACUGCUGAAAGUGAUUAUGUUUACCGGCCGCUUUAUGUUUAUAGAAAGAUCGAACAUAGCAAACGUCGUAUUACAAUGUUUAAUGCUUUUGCUGGAUAGAAUCUAGGUACUUGAAACAGAAGCUGGAAUUUCGCCUGUUCAUGAUUUUAAAAAUUCAAUCAUUUCUAAGUCUUUCGGCGAGAAAAUAAUAAACUCACCUCAUAAUGUCCUCAAGCACUUAGAUAACACUAUAAUGAAGUCGACGAAAAAUGUUACUAAUAAUCCUAAGAUGGAGGAAACUUUGUAUCAAAUGUCAAAAGAUUUAGUCACUGCUAUUUUAUCUAAACUUGAAAUACAAGAUAAACUAACAAGAAUCACCCGUGAAGCCCUCGAUGCUCCUGGAAAAAGUAAGGGUAUGACUGCAAUAGAAACACGACGUAUUUUAGAUUAUAUAUCACGAACUCUAUCAGGACAUAUUCUUUCUAUUACGAGAGCAUCAACUGAACCCGAGUUACAUCGUUUGGUUUACGGAUUGGCCCAAAUAGCGGCUGAAGUUUCAAUUGUUUCUGCACUCAAAGAUAUUACGUAUGCUUCUGCCUUAUCAAAAAAACAGUCUGUAGAUCUUUCUCUUCGCAAAAAGAGAUCAGUAAAAGAAGAUCCGAUUACUCCUCCUACGACUCCGAAGCACGCUGCAACAACUAUAUAUAAUAUAAUAUUAAACAAACAACAUGAAAUGGUUAAUUUAUCCACGGAAAUAACAAAUCCUAACACACGGCGUUCUCAACUUACACCGUAUUCUGUUCUGUCACUGAGUGAAAGAAACUCUGUGCAUAUAAUACCAAGUAAAAAAAGAGUGCUCGAAACGAAACCAAAAGGCUUCUUGAACCAAACUGUUUUGGACAUGGAUCCUGAUAUUACCAAUGUCAAUGAAUCUGAAGCUAUUGUUUUAAAUAAAAGGCUAAAUGCAACACAUUAUGUUACUCAAGAUAGUCACACUCUUGAAACACAGGAGUUAGGAGCUCCAAAUCUUAUAGAUGAUUGGAUUGAUCCCAAGGAAAAGAUAUAUGCCCUACAUCCUGAUGUUAUCGCUGAAAUGGAACUAGAACAACCAGAAGUCGAUGAUGACACCACAAAUGAGAAGAAAACGAAGCAAAAACUUGAAAAGUUGGAGUUGAAGGCUAAGAAAGCUAUACUGUAUGCAGGUGAUGUUGCCUAUUUGACUGCAGCGAGUGUAGUUGCUAUGAGGAGAGCUCUAACAGCGUCCAUCGAAGUUCAAAUGUCGGUAAGAUAUGCGAAAAAUGGCAUGUCCAAUCAUGAAGACUUGAUGAUGAAUUUAGCAAAGACUGCUGCACAACAAGCUGGAAAGGAAGCAAAGAGUGCAACAUCAAAGUCAUUAGCUUGUGAACGCGUUAUUAAACUAGCAUUAAAAUACACGGCACAAUCAAAAGGAGCAAACCUUAAUCAUGUGGCAAACAGAGUUGUUAUGGAUUCAUUAUCAUUAGCAACUUUAGCCAAGUCCAUGGCGUUUGUAUCAUCCGAUAUCGCAAUUAAUUCCUUGUAUCAAGCCACAGACGUAAAACCUCCUGCAUAAAAUGACAAGCUUAUAAACAAUAAAUAUAACAGUUAUACGAGUUUUUUAUUACGUGUGG